AUGGAGGCGCUGCUGGGCGCCGGCCAGUCGAACCCGGCCUGCGGCUCUGUAGCUGAUCUCCAAGCGCAACUACGCGAUCUGCUUCACAACCGCGUCACCGAAACGCGUGCCGACCACACUUCGGUGACGUUCGAAAUUCGGGCGACUGCGACCUUCGAAAUUCCCGUUACCGAUGCGGAAAAUGAGGCUCCCGAGGGCGUGUCGAACAUCGACCCGCUACUGGGAGUAGCACGGUCGAGCGCGGUGACCGCUGCAAACGGAAAUCCAGGCCAACCAGCGAGGAGAGUCAAUGCCAUUGAUGCCCUUGUCAACCAGCCGGUCGACGACCCGGCCCUACAGACCACGAUCGCAAGGCAGAUCAUCAUGUCGCUGAGAGCGGUGGAUUCGAGCAAUUGGACGGUGCGGCAGGUCUCGCGCAGCGAGCAGGGCUGGACGUUUACCUACAUUUGCAAGGACUCAUGGCAGGCGUGGAACCGUCAGGCCUCCAAGACGCCUGCGAAGACGGUCAUUGGAGAAUGGAGUGAGAAGGGCGGGCAAGAUCCGAUUCACUUGGCUCGUCCGGCGUUCGAUUGCCGGGGUUCCGUUAAGAUCGCCUUCUCCAAAUCGACCAAGACCAUCGAUGUAAAAUACGAACAUACCCCAAUUCACAAGACCGUUGCGCAGCUUAUGGAACUACUUGCGCCGCCACCGGUUGCACCCGUGAUCAAGACCCCAGCGAAGAAGGCCAAGGAGCCAAAGGCGCCAAAGGAGCCGAGGCCACCGAAGGAACCUAAGCCGAAGACGCCGAGGCCCUCGAAAAAGCGGGCAGGAGAGAACGGCAUCACGGUCGGGGAGGGGUCACAACCGAAAAGGAGCCGCAAGAAGAAGGACUCUCUCGCUCCGAUCGCGCCGUCUGGCGCUGUUCUGCCCCCGGAAAUGCCGGGUGCCCUUCCAGUGGGUGAUCCAUCAGCACGCCAGCUUUACAACACCCAAGGAGGAACCCCCGAUGGUCCGCAGCCGGGCGGUUCGGGCAGUUACCCGGAGGGGCUUGUGGGCGCUGCGAACGAUGCGGCCACGGCAUCCAUCAAUAGUGGGGUGCAUGCUCAUUCAAUCCUCAAUCUGCCUCCAGGAGAGGCCGCAAGGCGGCGGGAGGUGGCAAUCAAACUACUCAGUGACAAUAAUCUUGACCCGAAAACUUUGUCGGCCGAACAGUUCAAUAUCUUUGCCAACCAGUCGCCGGAACUGCAAAACGACUCUCUGGCGAUGUUGCUCGAGUAUGGCGCCGAGAGACUGCGCAUAGUUCAUCCCACUAAGGAUGGGUCGAGCUCUGCAGAGCAGUCAACUCCUACCGAUGCGAACAACUCUAGCCCGGUAGCAACGGGAGUCCCCCAACCUGUGAACCCGAAGAAAUCACGGAAGAAACCAGAGACGGGAGGUGCGGGAACGGGUAGGACACAGAGCUCCGAGGUCGGUGAACGGAGGCAGUGGCGCAUCUGCGACAACUGCCGCAUCAAGAAGUACAAGAGCAAGUGCGACAAAGUAAAACCAUCUUGCUCAAUGUGCGUCAGGGAUGGUGUCGCAUGCGUUUACCCUCCUGCUUCAAAGUCAAGGCAGAGCAAGGCAGCCGACACAGUUCCAGAAGCCGCCGAGCAGGCCAGGCCAGCAAUGCCGGUCGAAGAGCCGGAUGGUUUGGGUUCACCAGGUUUAAAUAUCGCACCCGUUGUCCAGCCGCCACAUGAGCCAGCCCCGGCCCAGGAACACUACGACGGUCAUCUCGACCAGGCAGUGAACGUGCCGGUCUCUGAAUCAACGGCCCAUCAGGCUGAGACCCCGUCGGACGUGUUCAACCAGGUCCAUGGCAUUUAUCAGCACCCCUCUGGACUAAGCUUCCCACAAGUUAGCGCCACUGUUUCCACGGAACUUCGCCAAUCCAACAUUCCGUCGGCCGCAAUAGAGCCGGACUACACGCCAAACUCGGGAUCAGAAGCCCCCGAGGCCUCGUUGCACGGGUACACCCAUCCUCAGCCCCCAGCGGCCCAUCGAAGGCCAGCUCCUGCCGUCGAACAGGGUGGGCGUGGAAGUUCGGGAACCCCGGCCACAGCAUCAAGGCGUAGUCUCCCGGUCGGCCAGCCCGCCAACGGAGGUAACGCGAGCGCCACGACGGACAAUCAAGCUGCCUGGCAAUCAAUGUCUAGCACUCCCUCCCAAGCAACCAGGACCUCGCCGAGGCAAGCCAGAGCUAAGAAAUCUGCACCUGUAUCAAAGGCGCACGACGGCUCCCUGCAACAGCCGGCAUCAGGCUGGGGAAAUGCUGGCCAGCCCGUCGCCACACAGCCGGCCCGCAACUCGCCGAUCCAGGCUGCCGUUCAACCUGCUCGCGCCACGUCGCGUCAAAAUAAUCAUGCUCCCUCUACCGCGACCCAGUCCAGCUCGGCGGUCCAGCCUAACCCGGCUCAAGGAUACGGCUAUAGCCAAUAUCAAAAUGGCAACACUCAAGCUGAGCCCUCUAGCGAGCGCGUGUCCAUCCGCCACAUACCCAGCGACAGCAUCACAGAACGUGGCCUCGUCGUAUUCCUCCAACCCAGCCGCGACGGCAAGCGCAGCGCAAUGGACAGCCUCAACGCCGACUCCUCAAUCCGCGAAUACGCAUGCGUACAACGCUACUCAGUCGGCCACAAGGGCGGCAUCCUACAACGCAGCUUCCAAUCCUCCACCGUCGCAGGCAUUACAAGGCAGCAGCACAACCAACAAUCCCAACAACAGCCAAGCUACAACGGGUAUGUGAACAACAUGAGCCAGCAGCAACAGCCGCAGCAACAGGCCAGUGGCAGCCACCAGAACUGGGGAUACGGUUUUGGGGCAACCACCAACAGCGCGUCUUCUGGCUACAACUCGGCGGCCGCGGGCAGCGUGAGCAACUCCUACUCCGCCGCGGCGGGCACGUCGCAUGGGCGCGAGCACGGGGGUCACGGCAGCCAUAGUCACCCAGCGCAGCAACAAAGGUCGAUGAACUUGUCGAGCCACACCUACAGCAGCAUGGACGGCGAACAGUCGCUGUAUGACCUGCUCAGAAGCAACCCGGCCGGAUAG